AUGAGGAGAAGCGGCAUCAGCAGCUCCUGGAGGCUGUCAGCUCCCUCGCUGGAAGGAAGCGGUGGGCGGAUCCCCCCUGGGGAGCGCCCCGUGCCAGCUCGGGCUGUGCUAACUUGGUCCGCUUUGCGCCAGGGGGACGGCGAUGAGGAGAAGCGGCAUCAGCAGCUCCUGGAGGCUGUCAGCUCCCUCGCUGGAAGGAAGCGGCGGAAGCUGGCGGAGCGCUCCGAGGCGAGCGUGCAGGUGUCCGAAUUCAAUCUCAGCUGUGAAGGCGCCGGGGAGAGGCUGGUCCUGCCUGAGCUGCUGGGCUCCAUCCGGGCCUCGUCCUCCCUGAGCACCGUGAAGAAGCAGUUGAAUCGAGUCAAGCAGAAGAAGUCUGUGGAGCUGCCACUCAGCAAAGAGGAGUCGGAGCGGGUUGUGCGGGAGGCUGCCUACAGCAAGACGUCGAAGGCCGUGGCCAAGUGGGAGCAGGUGGUGCUGCAGAACCGACGGGCGGAGCAGCUGGUUUUCCCCCUGAAGCAGGAGCGGGGGGGCGCUGCGCCCAUCGAGGAGGUGCUGACUGGUUGGAAGGCCCGAACGCCGCUGGAGCAGGAGAUCUUCAGUCUUCUCCACAAGACGCAGCAGCCGGUGACGGACCCGCUGCUGACGCCCCUAGAAGAGGCCUCGCUGCGGGCGAUGAGCCUGGAGGAGGCUCAGCUGCGCCGUGCAGAGCUGCAGAAGGCCCGGGCCCUGCAGUCCUACUAUGAGGCCAAGGCCCGGCGGGCGAAGAAGAUCAAGAGCAAGAAGUAA